AUGAACGAUGAUCCAUCGCCCAACGGGACGACGACGCGAGACGACGACGGGGCCGAAACCGUCGGACGAAAUGAAGGUCCCGACGAUGACGACGGCAACCUUCAUCUCAACAAUCUCACCCACGCUUCUCCGUCUCCAUCGCGCUCCCCUUCGAGGCGCCGUCGCAGGAAGCGGAGUCGAAAGAAGCGCAGUCCCGGUCUCGCCAAGAAGCUCUCCUUCGUCACCCACCUCCUCAAGACCAUCGACCUUGUUGUCUUUGCAGAACUAAGCGCUCUGUAUUACAUGGAAUGCUCCCUCUUUCGAUUCAUGCUGCGCGCCGUCGGCCAGUACAUGUACCUGACGCCCAAGGACGAAGCCUUCCCCUUCCUCAUGCCUGCCAGUCGUCUCCACGUCCUCCUUGUCGUCAUACCAAACUUCAUCUGCUUACUCCUUCACGCCUUUGGCCCCGUCCCCUAUGGGCCCGACUUCCACCGAGGAUACCAGCACGGCGGCCUGAUCAUCGACUUCAUCGGACAGCAGCCUCCGACCUAUAAGCUGUACUACGCCUUGGCCGACCUGGCCAUCUUUGCCCUGCAGUGCUUCAUGCUGAGCGUCCACACCCAGAGGGAGCAGCUUCGCGUCAGCCUCAAGACAUUUCGACCUUUGGUUCCCGGGCUUGCCCAGGAGCUAUCGAAUAGGCGGCGCUCGGCCGAGGAUCUAGAUGCAGAGGAGCGAGGCAUCCUGCGGGAAGGGUUAAAUGCCGCUCUUGACGACGACGACAACGGCCUCGAGUUGCAGUCGCUGCAUGGUUCCCGGGAAGAAGGGGAGGUGGGGGAGGAUCCCGAGCCGGGCCGAGAAGGCGAAUCGUCCCUGCGAGACAGCCCCGGAGAUGACGCUCCGAGAUCACACCUGUUCGACGUCAUGACUUCCGGCAACGCCAUCCUCGGCGAAUACCACCUCGUUCAUUCCAUCAAAUCAGCCGCCAUCGACCUCGAGCGCUCGGCCGCGCAGUCCAUCCAGACGAUCGGUUACGGCGCCACCGUCGCUGCUCUGCGGGCCCGUCGGCGACGAACACAUGCCCAGCCUGGAUCGCAGGAAAUCAUUUAG